AUGCAGUCCCACAACGACCCCACGAGCCCCGACUCGCCGUGGCGUCCCCUCAACUCGCAACAGUCGAUUCGUUCAAACCUGGCCUUUGUGCGCGCCAAACGCUUCGAAAUGGACAUCACCAAACGCCACGCGCGGGACCGCCGCGCCGCCCUCGCCGCCGACCUCGAAUGCACCGCCCCCUGCAUCGUCGAGUACCACCCACCGGACUCCGAGUCUGACGACACCAACGACAAACAGCCUUCCUUCCUCGGCUGGUUCCCGCUUCCCCGCACCAGCGAGAACAAAGACGACGAAGACGACGACUGCCUCCAAUUCCGCAUCGGCCUCGACCUGCCGGCGCGCCGCCGCCGCCACCACCGCCCAGGCGACGACUGGUCCGACUCGGACGACCUGGACCCAUCCUCGGACUCGGACUCGGACGGCUGGGACGACGCGGACGUCGACGACGACCUCGACAACGCCAAAUGCCCGGCGCCGCUGCUCUGGCUGCGCUUCCCGCUGCGCACCCUCGCGCCGCCCGCCGGCCUGCCCGCCGCCGCCGCCGCCGCCGCCCGCGCCGAGCUCGUCCACCUCGCCAUGCCCGCCCACCUCUUCCUGCCGAGGAGCGGCAGUAACCUGUCCUCCAGUCACCACCACCCGCACGCGGUCGCCCCCACCCCCAUCCUAAAACUGACCCGCUACAUCACCAACCCCAAGCAGCCCCAGUUCCAACUCCCAUCCUACGUCAUCGCCGCCGCCCAACGCGCCAACAUCCCUCUCCGAUUCCUCUGCGCCAUCGACAUCGCCCUCCACCCCUCCCGCACAACAGGCGCGCUGCCCUUCCUCCCCGCGCGGUGGAUGCGCUUGGCCUCGGCGGUGGAAAACGUGUUGCGUGCGGAGCUGGAGGAUGUGGCGAGGGGGAUGAGUGGAAGUACUGGGACUGGCUCGGUACGGGUAUAUACGGUGUGGAGUGAGCAGCUGGAGGGGGCGGUGGGGAGGGUGGCGGGGAUGUUGGGCGUGGGGAACGGUGUAAAUGGGAUUGGGAGGGAGAUGGGCCGGCCGAUGGAGGGGGCGGUGGUGAGGAAGAGGGUGGGGAGGGCGAAGGGGAUGGUUGUGCGGGCUUGGGGGGAGGGGAUGCAGGAGGGGGAGCGGUGGAAGGAGGGGAAGCGGCGGCAGAUGCUGCGCCGUGUGCCGGUGCCGGUCGCGGUGGGGCAGGCGGGGUGGGGGAACUUUGUGGAGUGGACGCCUAGGACGAGCGGUGGGGUGGUGGGGAAGGAGGUGUGUGGGCAUAUGCUGAGUUCGACUGUGGAGAGGCUGGGGCUGGUUCUGGUUGAGGGGUCUGAGAGUGAUGAUGAUGAGAGUGAUGAUGGUGAGGCGAUGGCGGUGGUGGUGGAAGAGAAUCCGAAGAAGAGGAAGGUCGGUCAUGGGAAGGGAGUCGAGAGGGCUUCGGUCAAGGCGAUUAAGGGCGGCAAGGCUGCCGAGAAGGCUAAGAACGGCAAGGCUUAG